CCAUUUGUCAUUCUGAAAUUAUUUCACCAAAAAUGGUAAAAAUUCAGUCCUUCGAGAAGAGUCACUCCCUAUCAAGGCAAAAUUGGUUGCAUCAAGAACAGUGCGAUGUACUUGCUGGUCGGGUUAAUGACGCUACUUUUUUAUGUUCACCUGUCACUUACACGCAGGAGCUGAAAGUUAUAAUCCCUUCACCAGCGGGAAGUGUUUGCUCUACAACUGGUACUGAAGAUGAAAAACGAUUUAGUGCAGACUGCAUCACUAAGAUAUUCUUUCCCUCUGCAAAAGACGAUUUAGAAAAGCAUAAAUGUGAAAUAUGCUUAAAGUCAUUUAAGCGUGCGAGUAGUCUUUCCAACCAUCGCCUCAUACACAACAACUCGAAAGCUUUCAAAUGUGAUCAAUGUAACAUGUCAUUUUUAAGGAAAUCAGACCUUGGAAAGCAUGUUGUCAUUCAUAGUGGGAACAAACCAUAUGGUUGUUCGACAUGUGGCAAACGAUUUAGUCAAUCUUCAAAUAUGCUGACUCAUCAGCGAAGACAUUCUGGCAUAAGACCGUACUCGUGUACGUUCUGCGGAAAAUCGUUUUAUAGAAAAGUAGAUGUGCGCAGACAUUGUUCCGUACAUAGAAGCUUGUAACUUUGAAGGUUAAAAAUUUAGAAGAAUUUUGAUAAUGUAAUUAUCUUGUGUGCAUAUGUAUAUAAAGUUAUAGACAACAAAUUUUAUAUUGGAUAAUAUGUUUCUUUCCCUAUUUCAAGUGUUCUAGCUUUCUUGUAGCUACUGUAUGACGCUUGCUGCUGCACUCGAUGAGAAUUAAAAAAGUAUGUUAACAAUCAUAAUUCGUCUUUUCUUCAAGCAGAUUUUUUAUAACAAAUGGUAUGAUGGAAUUAGUAAGCGGUAGUAGCUUAAACACGAGGCAACAAGUCCUGGGACGAGGCUGCCUGAUAGAAAUAAGAAAAGAAAAGGUGUGGGAAUUUUAUUGCUGUUGUUCUUACGUUUUUUAACCCUAUUCGAUUCUGACGUUGUUUUUUUUAUAACUCUUUAAUGUUAUGUUGCAUGGCUAC